AUGAGUGACGAGGGGGCAAAUACAAAUAUUGAAGCAAAGACGGAAGAAUUUUCGAAAGAAAACUCAUCUGAGGGUACUAAGAUGUCACCUGAUUCUAAAGCCGGUGGUUCCAAGGAGGAAUAUAGUGGUAAUAGUAACAAGAGACGUUAUGCCGAGGAUGACGAUGAGGAUGACGAUGAGGAUGACGAUGAGCCAAAAACAUCUGAUGGAUCAGAUGGUGACAAAUUACGCGUUAAGGAUGAAGGAGGAAAUGAAGACGACGAUGAAGAAGACGAUGAUGAAGAUGAUUACGAUGAUGAGGAGGGGAUUGAGGGACCUCGUAAGAAGCAGCGUCGUGAAAGAAACAGAUUCUUGGAUAUUGAAGCUGAAGUGAGCGACGAUGAUGACGAAGAUGAGGACGAAGAAGACUCUGAACUUGUGCGUGAAGGUUUCAUUACUCAUGGUGACGAAGAAGAGGAAGAAGAGCAGCAGAGCAAAGAUGACAGAUUGCAUAGACAGUUGGAUCAGAACUUGCAGAAAUCGUCUGAGGAAGACGCUCAAAAAUUGGCCAAAGAGCUGCGGGAACGUUAUGGUCGUAGUAGUGCUAAGCAGUAUCGUGCUGCGGCCCAGGAUGACUACGUUCCGCAGAGAUUUAUGCUUCCUAGUGUUGAUACGGCUACUAUUUGGGGUGUUCGUUGUAGGCCUGGAAGAGAGAAAGAUCUCGUUAAGAAAUUGCUCAAGAAGAAGUUCAACUUGGACAAGUCAAUGGGAGCUAAGAAGCUAAAGAUUUUAUCUAUUUUCCAGAGGGAUAGUUUCAGCGGCCGAAUUUAUAUAGAAGCUCCAAAACAGUCCGUUAUUGAAAAGUUUUGUAACGGUGUUCCAGACAUAUAUGUGAACCAAAAACUUCUAAUUCCUGUGCAGGAACUGCCGCUGCUGUUAAAGCCAUCUAAGUCCGAUGAUAUCAGGCUUGAGCCAGGUAGUUACGUUAGGAUUAAGCGUGGUAUCUACAAGGGUGAUUUGGCGGUUGUUGAGCAGAUUAGUGACAAUAACUUGGAAUGUAUGUUGAAGGUUGUUCCAAGGUUAGACUACGGAAAGAACGACGAGGUCGAUCCCGAUACACAGCAAGUUAAGACUAAGAGGGUAACAUUCUCUCAAAGACCUCCUCCUCAAUUGUUCAACCCUACUAUGGCCUUGCGUAUGGAUCAAGCUAAUCUAUACAAACGAGAUGAAAAACAUUUUACCUACAGAAAUGAGGACUAUAUUGACGGUUAUUUAAUUAAGGUUUUCAAAAUCCAGUAUUUGACAACAAAAGACAUUCAUCCAACGGUUGAAGAGCUAGCUAGAUUUGGUAGUAGAGAUGGUGCUGUUGACUUAACGACAAUCUCACAGACAAUUAAGAAGGCUCAGGCCUCCAAGGCGAUGUUCCAGCCUGGAGACCGUGUUGAAAUUUUGAACGGUGAACAACGUGGCUCCAAAGGUAUAGUUACUAGAUCUUCUACUGAUAUCAUUAGUGUGCUACUGACGGGCUUCAAUUCCAAACCUUUGGGAUUCCCAAUUUCAUCGCUGAGAAAGAUCUUCGAACCAGGUGACCAUGUCUCUGUCAUGUCUGGUGACCAUCAGGGUGAUGCAGGUCUGGUUUUGGUAGUGAAGAAUGGUCAGGUUACGUUUGUGUCUGAUCAAACUAGGGAAAACUUAACCAUUUCCGCCAACAACUUAACGAAAUCCAUGGACUCAACUCCAACUUCUAGUGAAUACGCUUUACAUGAUAUUGUUGAACUGAGUGCUAAGAAUGUAGCAUGUGUAAUUCAGGCAGGACAUGAUAUCUUCAGAGUGCUGGACGAUUCGGGUAAGGUAUCUACAGUUACGAAGGGCACUAUCCUGAAAAAGAUCAAUACGGCGCGCUCUAAAAUAGCCGCUGUGGAUGGUAAUGGUAAGGAAAUAAGGAUAGGCGAUACUAUAGUUGAGAAGGUUGGUGCUCGUAGGGAAGGCCAGGUACUUUAUGUUCAAUCGCAUAUAAUAUUUAUCUUUUCCAAAAAGAUUGUGGAGAACGCAGGUGUCUUUGCAGUGAACCCCAUGAACGUAGAGGCCGUGGCAUCUAAGGAGAACAUGAUGAGUAGCAAACUGGACCUUUCGAAGAUGAAUCCAGAAAUAGCUACGAAGAUGGGCCCACCCUCCCAGACUGCUCAACCCGUCCAGAUCGGUCGUGACGUAGCGCUGAAUAAAACAGUCAGAAUACGUACUGCAGGUUAUAAGGGACAACUGGGUAUCGUUAAGGACGUUAAUGGUGAGAUGGCUACGGUUGAGCUGCACUCUAAGAACAAGCACAUUACAGUCAACAAACGUAAAUUGACAUAUUUUAAUCACGAAGGUGGUGACGGCAUUACAUAUGAUGAACUGGUAAGCAGGCGUGGCAAAACGCCCCACGCAAGAAUGGGGCCAAGCUAUGUCAGCGCGCCAAGGACCAUGGCAACUGGUAUGCCCGCAGGCACUGCUGCCACUGCUCUCAGCGGCGGUAUGACUCCCGGCUGGAACUCUUUUGAUGGAGGAAAGACACCUGCUGUGGGAUCCCAUGGAGCGGGUGCAACCUCAACAUGGGGAGGAGCUUCCACUUGGGGAGGCCAGGGUGGUGGUGGAGCCUCCACUUGGGGAGGCCAACCUACAGGAGGCAAUGCCUCCACCUGGGGAGGUCAAACCGGCGCGACUUCUACCUGGGGUGGUGCUUCCACUUGGGCAUCUGGCGGUGAAAAUGGUGCAGCUUCCGCUUGGGGAGGUGGAGACAAGUCUGCCUACGGUGGAGCUUCCACCUGGGGCCAAGGAGGAGCUUCUGCCUGGGGAGGUGGCAACAAGUCACACCACAGAGCUGACGGAAGCGGUUCCACUUGGGGCAACAAUCAAGGCAACAGGUCCGCCUGGAGAGACCAAAACGCAAAGGGUAAUGGCAGUACCUGGGGCGGCGGCCACUAG